GUCAAAUUAACUAAUCAAACAUCAAAGAAGAAAUGUGACAUCCAGGCGAAAAAUUCCCAAUUUUUUAACUUUUGAUACUGUAAAUUCCAAAUAGAAAACAAUCUGAAGAAUGUCCUUUGUUGAAUCGGAUAGAAUCUACUAUCCUGAAGAAUAUGACUAUUCAGCAUAUUAUCAAAACGAACUGCAAAAAUACAAAAAUCCACCGAUUUAUGCAGGGUCGCCGAACCUCAACGACAAACUAAAAAGAAAACUCUUUCUCCCCACCGCGGUGAACUAUUUCAACGAACGUAAAUGUCCGAUAUACGUGCAUCACAUUAAAAAAAACUCGAGCGUUUAUAAUCAUUAUAAUCAAAACUUUAUUACUUCCAAAAAACCGGUGGAACCAAAAAAGAGUCACGAUGUGCAAAAGAACUCAAAGUUCGUCCUGGAUAAAUUGGAGGAAACUUAUUGGGCAACGUGGAAACCCAAGAAAGAGCUUGACCAAAGGUCGCCUAGAAAAAAUUCUAAUUUUCAACAAAAUAACCCUUUUUACCCUCUAAGAAAAGUCCAUCCUCACGGCGACACAGGUGAAAACGUUAUUUUCCAGGCAAAGAAUUUCGAAUCAUCAAGUACAGCAAAUUCAAUCCAUGAAACCUAUUCCAGAAAACCUCCAAAGCAUAAUGUAGCUGAAAAUAAAGAAGAGCGAAAGUUGGAGAGACCUUCAAAGUCCAGAAAACCGAAAAACCUCAAAAAUGGUUUAAUUACUCAAGAAAUUCAAACUCUGGUUCAUUGCCCUGUUAUCUUAGAAGAGAGCAAAGAUGAACCUGAAAAACUUCCAACUGAACCAGAACGGUUGAGCAAAGAACGAUUAGCGAGCAAAGAAAUGUUGAUUAACGUAACAGAGUAUAAUACUGAAACAAAUAAAAAAAUAACAAAAAAGACCAAAAAGUCCAAAACAAAAACUAACAAAAAGAAAAGUAAACAUACCUCAGCAAAGUCAAAAACUGCUGAACCUGAAUAUAAUAAAAUGGAAACUUUAUCGGGCUCAGAGAUCGACAUUACAGCAGAUAGUAUCAACACCUUUGUAGAGCAUAAGGACUCAAUAGAAAUAACCAAAAAGAAACAAGAAGCCGAAGGGCCUAAGGAGCAUUUUCAACAGCCAAAAUGCAUAAGAUUGUACAGGAAACCAGCUGCCGGGUACAUUAAGGGCGGAAGUUAUCCAUUGAAGUCUUGCCUGAAAAAGGAAACUACUGCCACGGGCCACAGUUUUAUGCUGGGACCUCCUGGGAGUCCGAUGUUUAUAACUUCGAAUUCAUUUGCGGUUAAAAAAAAGAAAUAGAGGAUGUUAUGCUGCUGGUGUACCAGAAAAAUCAUUAGGACGAACUUUAACAAGAGGAAAUUCUAUAGCCCUCUGCCAUGUAAGAAGGAAAUAACCGUCUUGAAAACAAGAAUUUAUCAUGUGAACUAAAAAAAUAUCAAUAAACGAACUGCAGAAUGUAA